GGCUGGUUUCCUGUCUGGAAGGGAAGGGGCCCGCAGAGGGGAGCGGGGGCAGCAGCAGACAGGCACACCCCUGCCUUUCUCCCUCCCUCUUCUCCCUUCUGCUGGAAAAGCGAGGUAAUUGUGAGCCUAGGGUGGGUCGGGCUGGACGGGGCUCCCAAGUUGGAAGAGGUGGCCCUGGGGGUUGGGCCACAUUUACCCCUUUGUCCCACUCCCUGGGCUCACUCACCCAAGUCCUCACCUCCAUUCCUCUUCUUCCUCAAACUUAUCCAGAAACCCUCUCAGAAAGUUUUAACGUCCUGACAAACUCCAGGGCUCUGUAGAAACUACACGAGGCGUCCCCUCCCUGCCCCCUUCCAGCUGUGCCUGCCCCUCAGGCCCUCCUGGCACACAGAUUCUCUGUCCACCCCGCCAGGGAUGUGGGCGGGAGCUGGGGAGGGGCCAGAGUCGAAAUGAAAGGGCCUUUUUCUUCCCCAGCUGGGAGAACAGCUGCCACCAAAGCAAGACUGGACACUCUGUGCCCAGAGUCCCCUCUGCAGCUGGCCUCCCCUCCUGGGACCCCACUUAUCCUCACUUCACUUUCUUUUCCUCUCAUGCCUGGCUCCCACCAGGGCCCUGGAACAGCAGUAGGCAAGGAAAGUUUGUCACAGCAGCCAGAGGGGUCUAACAGGAGUGCAGAGGGACAGAGGCAGCCUCUGCCCUCUGUCCAGGAACUGCCCACCUCUUUCAAGACCAGGGGAGCAGUAGGAGGAAUUGUGGGGCAACGUGGUGCCUACCCACCCCCUCCCUCUGGAGGGGUUGACAAGGGAAGGGGCACUAGGGGGCACAGAAAUGCAGGACAGAUUGCACAUCCUGGAGGACCUGAAUAUGCUCUACAUUCGGCAGAUGGCGCUCAGCCUGGAGGACACAGAGUUGCAGAGAAAGCUAGACCAUGAGAUCCGGAUGAGGGAAGGGGCCUGCAAGCUGCUGGCAGCCUGUUCCCAGCGCGAGCAGACUCUGGAGGCCACCAAGAGCCUGCUGGUGUGCAACAGCCGCAUCCUCAGCUAUAUGGGCGAGCUGCAGCGGCGCAAGGAGGCGCAGGUGCUGGGGAAGACAGGCCGGCGGCCUUCUGACAGCGGGCUGCUUGCUGAGCGCUCCCCCUGCCGAGGCCGGGUCUGCAUCUCUGACGUCCGGAUUCCACUCAUGUGGAAGGACACAGAAUAUUUCAAGAACAAAGGCGACCUGCACCGCUGGGCUGUGUUCCUGCUGCUGCAGCUAGGGGAAGACAUUCAGGACACAGAAAUGAUCCUGGUGGACAGGACCCUCACAGACAUCUCCUUUCAGAACAGCCUGCUCUUCACCGAGGCAGGGCCAGACUUUGAACUGCGGCUGGAGCUGUAUGGGGCCUGCAUGGAAGAGGAGGGGGCUCUGGCUGGUGCCCCCAAGAGGCUUGCCACCAAACUCAGCAGCUCCCUGGGCCGUUCCUCCGGGAGGCGUGUCAGGGCAUCUCUGGAGAGUGCUGGGGGUUCAGGGAGCAGUACCAUCCUACUCCCCACCCCGGCUGUGGGUGGUCCUCGGUACCACCUCUUGGCUCACACCACGCUCACCCUGGCAGCAGUGCAAGAUGGGUUCCGCACACAUGACCUCACCCUUGCCAGCCAUGAGGAGAACCCUGCCUGGCUGCCCCUUUACGGUAGUGUGUGUUGCCGCCUUGUGGCUCAGCCUCUCUGCAUGACUCAGCCUACUGCAAGUGGUUCCCUCAGGGUGCAGCAAGCUGGGGAGCGGCAGGACUGGACACGAGUGCACGGAGUCCUGAAAGGCACAAAUCUCUUCUGUUACCGGCAACCUGAAGAUGCAGAUACUGGGGAAGAGCCGCUGUUUACUAUUGCGAUCAACAAGGAGACGCGAGUCCAGGCAGGGGAGCUGGACCAGGCCACAGGCCGGCCCUUCACUCUGAGCAUCACUAACCAGUAUGGGGAGGACAAGGUGACACAUAACCUUCAGACAGAGAGUCGAGGAGCCCUGCAGAGCUGGAUGGAGGCUCUGUGGCAGCUUUUCUUUGACAUGAGCCAGUGGAAGCAGUGCUGUGACGAAAUCAUGAAGAUUGAAACCCCAGCUCCCCGGAAACCACCCCAAGUUUUGGCCAAGCAGAGGUCCUUGUACCAUGAGAUGGCUAUUGAGCCUCUGGAUGACAUCGCAGCAGUGACAGACAUCCUGGCCCAGCGGGAGGGCGUGAGGCUGGAGACGCCCCCACCCUGGCUAGCCAUGUUUACAGACCAGCCUGCCCUGCCUAGCCCCUGCUCACCUGCCUCAGUAGCCCCAGCCCGGACUCAUCCCCUGCCCUGGGGGCGUCCCCGAACAUUCUCCCUGGAUGCUGUCCCCCCAGACCACUCCCCUGAGGCUUCCCGCUUGGUUGCCCCUCUCCCCCCGCAUCGAUCCCCACGGUCCAGAGGCCUCUGCAGCAAAGGCUCUCCCCGCACUUGGCUUCAGUCACCAGUGUGAGAGAAAGGUGCUGGCAACAGGAUCUGGCCAGAAGAAGAGAUGACCUGUGUGUGGCUGGGCUCUGGAUACAGUGCUAUCUGUAGCAGGUUGGCCAGCUUGGCCUCCCCUUCCUCAGCUGGACUGGGGGUAGGUUGGGGAUGGGGAGCAGAAGCCCCUCUUAAGCUGUGGUUACCAUGGUGCUGAGGGACUCAUUCCCGGGGCUGGCUGGGACCCCCUAAACCCUUCCUGGGAGAAAACUGGAACCAACCCUGCCCUACCUCCUGCACUAACCAGCUUUGAGGAUGGCACUGGAGAGCACUGGGAGGGAACACACCAACCUUGUGAUUCCCACAUUGACCAUUAAAGUUAUUUAACAGCAGCC